AUGGCAUACGAUCGCCUCAACUCGCUGGAAGCGCAGCCCACGUCCUGGCGACGCAAUGACGACCCUCAGUAUCAAGAUGACCCGGAAUUCACGCGGUUCACCGAGAACCUCUCCAGCCAGCUCUUCACGUUGACGUCGAACAUCUCGAAUCUCUCUAAGCAGAUCGCUCUUCUGGGGACUAAACGUGACACUGACAGGGUUCGCGAGCGAGUUCACGAUUUACUAGAGGAGACCCGGUCGGGGUUCAAGGAUGCAGGAGACAGCGUGAAGAAGGUCCAGACAUGGGAAGAUGUUAACCCUUCUCAGAAAUGGACGCAGCAGAAGCUCUCGUCCGAAUUCAGAGCCGCCCUUGAAGAGUUUCAAACCGUCCAACGACGUGCUCUCGAGAAACAGCGCGCAUCAGCCGCCGCCUCACGACAUGCUUUGGACGAUGGCAGCGGUCAACCAGCAGAGGCAGAGGGCCAACUGCAACUGCAACAGCAAGAGCUGGAACAGCCUCGACUGGCAAACCAAGACGAAGUCGAUUUCCAAGAGUCACUGAUUAUCGAACGAGAGUCGGAAAUCCGCAACAUUGAGCAGAGCGUCGGUGAGCUGAACGAACUGUUCCGCGAUGUCGCCCAUAUCGUGCAUGAGCAGGGAGGUCAGCUGGAUAUCAUCAGCGAGAAUGUCGAGAAUGUGACCACCGACACUCGAGGUGCGAAUGUUGAACUGCGCAGUGCCAGCCGGUACCAGAAGAAUGCCCGGAACAAGAUGUGUUGCUUGCUGGUCAUUCUUGCCGUAAUCUUGACCAUUAUCGUCCUCGCCGUUGUUCUUGGAUAG